GAACCGAGACGGGAGGUCAUUCAGAGUAGCAGCAGAGGGAAGCCUUGGUGCGAUAGAGCGGGCGAUGGAAGAUGCGGUCAAACUCGGAAAGAAAGUCGUGUUCGAACCAGCUGUGGGCAUGACCUUCAAUUCUGAGCAGGAGGCUUAUGAAUUUUACAACGCAUACUCGUGGGAACUAGGGUUCGGCAUCAAGCGUGGGAACAAGUAUGUCAACGGCAACAAUUACAAAUCUAAACAAGAUUUGCUGUGCUCGUGUGAGGGCAAAGACAGUAAGCAAUUCUCAAGAUCUUCCAGGACACAGUGCCGCGCCAUGGUCAGACUGCUGCGGACUCAAGACGACGGUUGGUAUUAUGCCACAGUUGUGUUGGAGCACAAUCACAGAAUGGCUGAAACAAUAGGAGAAAGGAAAAUUUGGAAGUUCCACAACCACAUUGAUUCAUCAAUCAAAGAUUUAGUAGGCCACCUGCGCCUAAACAAUGUAUCACUGACCAAGGUUUACGGCGUCAUGUCAGAUAUGCACGGCCGUUAUGAAGAUGUGCCUUUCCGGAAGAGGUCUCUCCGCAACAUGUGUGCAGCAAUCGCAUAUGAGUCCAGCCAAGACGACAUCAACAAAACUCUCGCUUUGUUUUCAAGCAUGCAAGCCGAGAACAAAGGUUUUUACUUUGCGGUGAAGACUGACGAUGAAAGAAGGGUAUCUGGAUUGUAUUGGUGCCAUCAAAAAAGCAGGGCAGAUUAUACAUGUUUUGGUGAUGUUGUGACUUUUGAUACAACAUAUAAGAGCAACCUAUACGAGAUGCCUGUAGGCAUGUUCAUCGGCGUAAACAAUCAUUAUCAAUGUUGUGUUUUUGGCUGUGUUGUGCUUCGUGAAGAAACUGUAGAAUCUUUCGAGUGGGCAUACGAAACUUUCUUAUCUUCAGUGGACAACAAAGUACCCAAGACGUUCUUGACAGACCAAAGCAGGCAGAUGGAGCUUGCAAUUGCUUCAGUCAUGCCAACCACUAUCCACAGAUGGUGCAAAUGGCACGUUUUCAAAAAGAUGAAGGAAAAAGUGGGCAACGUAUACAGAAAGGGUUCUGCAUUCCGCAUAGAGUUUGACAUGCUCAUCAAUGAGAUGAUGACCGUGGAUGAGUUUGAAAAAGAGUGGGAUGUAUUAAUGUAUACAUAUGGUCUCGACAGAAACUCAUUCAUGAAGCAAGUUUAUGAGGUUAGGGUAAAGUGGGCGAAACCAUACCUGAAGGACAACUUCUGCGCAAAGAUGUGCAGCACUCAAAGAAGCGAGUGCAUGAACAAUGUUUUAAAAAGCUAUGUCGCAAGAUCAGCACCUCUCAACAGUUUCGUCAUCCAAUUCAAUAAAAU